UUGAAGUAUAGUGCAGUGUCAUCUGCGAAGAGUGAGAGCUGUACACCAUUCGACGGGAUAGGAAUGUCGUUGGUACAUUACAGUUUAACGAAAAAUGCAUGCCAACCUCCUACGUAUAUUUAUCAUUAUAAUAAUUUGGUACGAAUAUAUUCGAACAGUGUUUCUUGUACAAAUUACAUAUUAGUAAAAUCGUAUUCCGUAUAG